AUGGUUAAGAGGUGCAUCCGAUGUCGCAUCUACAACACUCGUCCUUACGAAACUCCAAUGUUUCCCCCACUACCAACAAGCAGAACAACUACCGGAACACCAUUCGAAUCAACGGGACUGGACAUCUGUGGACCAUUACAAACAAAGGAUGGACCAGCAUACGUACUGUUACUGACCUGUCUUCGUACCAGGUCAGUACAUUUGGAGCUUACGGACUCCAUUAAGACAGAAGACAUUCUUAAUGCGAUGACCAAAUUCUGCGCUCGUAGAGGAGUUCCGCGAUAUAUCCUUAGCGACAACGCCACCUACUUUGUCGCUGGACGAAAAAUGUUUUUGGAAAAAUAUGGACACCUUCAAAACAUCACAUGGACGCACACCACACCUAACGCUCCAUGGCGCGGAGCGACAUAUGAGAGAUUGAACAGAAGUCUAAAAGAAGGAAUCAAACGGACCCUGGGACGAUCACGACCUUCAUAUAAAGAACUGGAAACCCUUGUCAUCGCAAUUGAAGGAACUCUUAACAAUCGUCCUCUGCUUCCGUUAUACGACGAUAACGACAGCUUUGAAGCCCUGCGACCGGUGGACUUCUUACGACCAAACGGAACCAGGUACGAUGAAAAUGGUGAUACAGCGAACGAAUCAAGCGAUCCAGACUUCGUGAUAAAGGCAUACAAAAUCAAUGAGCUGCGACAACUUUACGACAAGUUCAAUGAAAGGCUUGACAAGUUUUGGGCACGAUGGAGAAAGGAAUACUUGGACACAUUGGCCGAUCGUGGAAACUAUCAAGAGAAGCAAACUCUCAUUCCGAAACCAGGAGAACUGGUGAUCCUGGAAGAGCCAGAACAACCGAGAGGAGAAUGGAAAAUGGCCAGGAUCAAAAGAGCAAUCAAAUCCAAAGAUGGGAUCACGAGAAACUGCGAGAUCAUUCUGCCUAAUCGGAAGACUGCAAUCCGAGCAGUCAAUUUAUUACAUCCAUUAGAAAUAGGAGGAGAAGUUGAAGGAGAAGAAUUGGACUACAAGACGAAGGAGGACCUGGAGAGAGAGCAAAAACAACCUGUUCUGGCUAGAUGUGGACGUCCAAGGCGAAACAAAUUAAUCGACUACACCCCUCUAUUAAUGUUGUUAACAUUGGUCAUUGGAGGCGUCAAUGGUCAAACGAAUCAGCCCAAGUUGUGUCUCGGGAAGACCCGAGUUCUAUGGAGGAUGCCAGAUGUGGCCAGUUGUGAUUACGACUUGUCCGUCAACAGCGACGUUGGGAAGCCAAGACGGAUAGAACUCUACAAAAGAAACACAAUCGAAUUUCAUUCUCCGGCCUAUAUAUGUCGCUUGGAGGCAACGACCGUAAGGCAACAGACGCUGUUGAACGGCGUCCCAGAAGUUCGAGAAGACCAAAACCCACCCGAAGUGCUAUCAGAAGAAGAAUGUAAGAAGAUGAUUGUGGAAAGAAAAUGCAAACAUGGAGAAUUAGUAAAAGGGAAGUCGAUUUACCGGACACACAACACAGUUAGCAUCGACCCACCAAACAGAAUCAUGACCUUCUUAAAUGGAGAAAAAGUGGAGGUCAAGAGAAACUGCCUCCUGCUGGAAACAAAGGUUUUCGCCCACUACGGGAGCCCAUCAGCAACGUCGGCAAUGGGAGACCUAUCUGGCUGCACUUAUUCCGCUGGAAUAUGCCGUACCAAGGAAAACGAAAUAUUCGUGUGGAAAGUCAACCAAACGCAAAGGUGUGAAUUUGUAAAGGCUUAUCAAGGAGUUGGCGUGGUCACCGAUAAGUCUGCCGUGAUCGAAGAUCUGCACGCCAUGGUCACAUUCAACACCACCAUUACAAAAUCAGAUUGCAAUCAAACAAUAAUCCCAACAGAUCAAGGACUUGGAAUUCGUAUCGGUCCCCCAAUCAAAAUUCGUGGAAUUCAAGACGAGACUCCUGACUUACCAACGCCGGCGCCAUUUAUCCAGCCAAAGGAUCUACCUACAAUGCCAACAACUACACUUCGGCCAACAAGUCGACCGACGACUACACGGACAACCCCAAUACGAACAGAACCUCCGCGAAGAACUACAACGACAGCGACAACGAAGACAACUCGUACAACUACAACUGGAAAAGGAUCUGGAAAUCCUUCACAGAUGUUUGGUUUAAUGGAGUUGCUAAGGGGAGCAACCAAGGAGGACAUGAUGGCAAAAGGAUACGACGAGGAAACCAUUGACAAAUUCCUCGCCAAGAUGAAGCCAAGAUGGUCACGACAAGCAAAUUUGGAUGUAUCCGAUGAGGAAUCGUCGGAUUUGCAGUUCGCCGAAUACUACACCCUCAAGCAAAUGCGACAUCUGGCAAGAGCGAUGUGUGCUAUGCUGCGCGAACAUUCAACGAGGAUUCGAGAAGUCAUAUCCAUCAAUCCGACUGUUACUAUGCAGAGACUGCUGAACCGGACGAACAUUGUAGCCAACCGUUUGAGCGACGAUAUCGUUGAAGUUGAGAUGUGCCACAGUCUGAACAAGAAGGAGUACCAAUUCAAACCUAGUCCCGACGAAUGCGUAAUACCCAUCAGGAUCAACCAAUACAACACCACAUUGUUCCUAAAUCGUCACACGCAAAUUCUCCACCGUUCAAAGGAAACUGCAAAAGAAGAAAAUUGUGGACCUACAAUGAAUGUAAUCAUCGACGGCCAAGUCUACGAAUACAACAGAAUGACGGGAAAGACAACACCAAUUAAAGAACAAGCCAAGCAAGUGAAACUUGAAGAAAAGGACCAAUGGCAUUUUCUGGAUCAACAAUACAUUUUCAAAGACAUCAUACUCCACAAAAGCAACGUGUUCCAAAACUGUCAUCUCGAUUACUUAUCAGCCCCAAAGUUGAUUGCAAAAUUUAUUUUUGAAUCGACUAUAAAGCGGUUCGUUUAUGUUCUGGGAGAGUUUGUGAUUAUCAUGAUUUGGACGUGUGCCUUCAAAAAACAGCUUUUUGCAAGCAUUCCUGCGUUCGUUGAGGUGAUUAUCAGUUGGAGGUUUUUGGUGCUCCCGCAAUCUUUUCCGUACUUACAGAAAAACAUUUUUUUUUCUACGAUUGUCACCACUUUCGUAAUCGCUUGUUUGAAAAAAAAUUUGAAGAUUAGCCUGUCGGGAAAAUAA